AAUAUUAAUGGGAACCGGUGGGAAAUCUUGGGUUUUUUCGGAUGAUUUUCAUGGGUCCAUGGGAUUGCACUGCCUCCGAUUUUCUAUUCGGAUUCGAAUUCGGCGAUAGAUGCAGUUGCUAUCGAUUUGCCAGCGUGUUUCUAUUGGCUCCCCUCCUCAGUAGUAAGAAUGGACGAGGCUCGCACGUCGCGCAGCUGACUUUACGUACGUUCAGUGUUCAGUUGUAGUACGAUCCGGUUGUCGGUAGGAAUCGCUCGCGAGGUCGCCGAGGAAAUGACAAUAGUUCUGGCCAAAAUCUAAUAAACAAAGAGAGAAAGAAGGAAUCCCCCCAGCACAGAAGAGACCAAAAGUACCAUGUACAGCGACGAAUACGACCGACUGUAGUGCAGUUUUCAUUUUGAACAUUUGUUUAACAUUUCGUAUUUUGGGGGAGGGGGACCACUGCGAACCGGAAUACUACUACUACUAUUACUACAAAGUUGCUUCUGUUCGGCUCUCCGGUGCCCGGAAUUCAAUGAUGCUUAAAUUCCUUACACACAAACUGCGGACCCAUUCAAUAAACGAAAACAAUUACGCUGAAAAGGAAAAUGAGGAUCACGAUUCUGGAACAGAGUCGGACGAUGAAAUAGAUUCUUCUGGUCCAGUUAUGGAUGAAAGGAUCUGUAACAUAUCUCCUGCUGAUACCGGCUGCUCCAUGGAAAGUCCUGCCCCGGAUAACCAGCAGGACGCCCACAGUUCCGAGGAGGAGCUGGAGGUCAUAAAUAAUACGAAGGAGGAGCGGGCGUCUCGUCCUCUCAGGUCCGCCGCGAGUUUAGCGGAAAAACGGAAAUGGUCGCAGAUCGGAAGCGAUUCUAUCCCGUACACGACGAGGAGGUGUUCGCCGGAAAACGAGGAAAAUAUGUCGCACUACGGUAACCUGAGUCCCUGCUGCAAGUAUAACGAUGAUGCCGUCCACGUCGAGCAUUCGUCCGAUGAAGAAGUUCACAACCUGCUGGCCUGCUUGCCGACACCGGUGCAAUUCAGGACGUCGCCCCCGCUGGAGGCGGUGAAACCGGGCGGCAGGACGCCGUACAAUAAUAGAUCUCUUAGUCCACCCCAGAAGCUCAUACACUGCGAAGUGUCCUCGCCAAGGAAACGAUCCAAACACACGAGGCACGUGCCCGUGCAAAGGCCACACUUAGAUUUUGAAAAAAUGCAGUCGAAAGCGAAGGCUGCGGUCGCCUGGAAACACAGCGGAGACCACGGUGGUGAAUUAUCAGUGUAUUGUUGGUGAGAAGGACUUCGGGGGUGUUCUAGAGGGACACCCUGUCAGUGUUAUAAAUUAUCAAAAGAGUUGGAUACCACCUCUGAAACUGGAGACCUCCAACCAAUGGCUACAACUUCAACACAACAAUAGUUUUCUUCUUAACAAAAUAAUAAUUAAUAAUAAUGAAAGUGAUGUUUAGGACCUUAUUAUAUCAAUUACGAAACGGUCAUUUUAAAAAUGAUUUAAAAUGAGAAUGAUGGCAUGAGAAAGGAAUAAAGAGGGGAGCGAGAAGGAAAUAGUAAUAAUAAAAAGAGUAACACAAAAAAUUGGGUGAAAAGUGAAUUUAGUUGCUUGGGUUUAAUAAUAAUAAUAAAUACAAAUUGUAUAUAAUAUAAUUUUAAAAAACACCUUAAGUUCAAUUUAUACUUAAAGAAGGAAGAUUCGAAAGGAAUAAAACGUUUUACAUUUGUUCGCGAUUUAGGCAUUUUGUGUUUUUGAAAUCAGAAAUUUGAAGUAAAAUAAAUCAAUAUAUUUUCUAUUAUCCAUUAAGCUAUAUUAUUCUGUAUGAUGGUUGUUCGACUCAUCUUUUAAAACAAAAUGCAAGCGCCGACCGAUCGACGUGCCACUCUCGUUGGCCUUUUGAACAACAAGGUGUGUGCGUCGAGAGGACGACGUCUCGUCGUGCUUUAUUUCAAAUACAUUUUAGUUUUAAAAGGUGAAUUCAAAGUGGAAUAAACUAGAGUAGAAUUAUCGCAGAUGUUUAUACAGCUUUUAUAUAAAAAAAAUUGUUUAAAGGAGAAGGAAGAAAAAAAACAUAUAAUGUUUAAGCAAUUUAAGAGCACUGAUAGUUUCCUGUCACUUGUAAUAGUAGUUGAGUGUUUUAUAAAUAGAUUUAGUUUUAUCUAAAUGUUAAAAUAAGCCAUACUUUUGCCAUAUGCAGAAUAAAAGCAGUCUCAUUACUAUUUACAAAGAAAAUACAAGAGAAAACAAACAAAAAAAAAACAAGAGGAAAAUUGUACCUAAAGAAAAAAGCUGCCAACAACUGCUUUCGAGUUGUUGAUUUAUUUAUUUCAAAAACAAAACAUAAGCACAAACUGCCAUCUAUUUGUGUGAAGAAAAGAAGAAGCAUAUAUAUAUUUUCAUUGUUUUUCAAAAUUAUAUUUUUUUAUUACGAAACGUUGGCUACAAAAUGUUUGUUUUUUUUUGUUAAAUAUUGAAAAUGAAAUGAAAGGACAAACAGAUUUUCCCGAAGCAAUUCCGCGUCAAAAAUUUUCGAUUCAUCACAUUUUGGACAAAUUUCCGAUAAAAGACUAAAUUUCUCAAACCAAAAACAUAUUUUUUAUACAAAAUGAAUCUCCACGAAUUUUAAACUUGAAUUGUUUCGUUGCGAAAACGAGUUAUCUAUUUUAAGGGCCAUUAAUUCUAUUUUAAUUUCGUAUAUUUUUUGUUAAAUAUUUAAUAAAUGAAUAAUAUUUAG